AUGGCGGUUCUAUAUGCUAUUGUCGGCUGUGCCAUGCUACUUGGAAAGACUGUCUCGGCUCAGGGUGCUGCAUAUUCUCAGUGCGGAGGUCAGGGUUGGACGGGGUCAAAAAGCUGUGUCUCAGGGUAUACCUGCACGUAUUCAAACGAUUGGUACUCGCAAUGUCUUCCUGGUACAAACACUCAGACAUCUUCAACUCCGACCCCGACAGGCGGUACUGGAGGAGGGUCUGGCAAAACAAAGUAUGCGGGUGUGAAUAUGGCAGGCUUUGACUUUGGGAUGGCCACUACUGGAACACAAGACGCAUCUCAGAUUCUAACGCCCCCAAACGCGCAAAUGUCACACUUCGUCAACGAUGACAAGAUGAAUAUCUUUCGCUUGCCAGUUGGCUGGCAGUUCCUUGUCAACAACCCUGGUGACCAACUAAACUCUGGCAACUUUGCCAAGUAUGAUAAUCUUGUCCAAGCAUGUCUGGCCACUGGUGCUGCUUGUAUCAUUGAUAUCCAUAACUAUGCACGCUGGAACGGCGCCAUUGUCGGCCAAGGUGGACCUACCAAUGACCAACUCGCAAAUACCUGGUCGCAACUUGCAUCAAAGUACGCUUCUAAAUCCCAAAUUAUAUUUGGUGUCAUGAAUGAACCGCACGAUAUCCCAAGCAUAACCACCUGGGCUGCCACUGUCCAAGCCUGCGUAACCGCCAUCCGUAAAGCCGGUGCCACUUCACAAAUGAUUCUCCUCCCUGGCAACGGUUGGACUGGUGCCGCAUCUUUCGUAUCAGACGGCUCACUCGCCGCUCUUAAAACUGUCAAGAACCUUGACGGUAGCACCACUAACCUGAUCUUCGAUGUCCACAAGUACCUUGAUAGCGACGGCUCUGGCACGCACACGGAUUGCGUGACUGGCAACGUCGACGUAUUCAACAACCUCGCAUCAUCCCUUCGUAGCGCAGGGCGACAAGCUAUGGUUACUGAGACAGGCGGCGGGAAUACACAGAGUUGCAUCAAUUAUGUGUGCCAGGAAAUAGCGGCUCUGAACGCAAAUUCUGACGUGUACUUGGGGUGGGUUGCUUGGGCCGCGGGAGCGUGGCAGCCAAGCUGGAACUACGAGUUAAACCUCGUGCCGACGCAGAAUGGGAAUACUUGGACGGACACUUCCCUCGUUAACGCUUGCUUCAAGCGCACUUAGGUUCUGUUAUAGUGGAGGGGUAAGGGGUUCUGAUGAUAAGGCAG